AUGGCCGGUGGUAUUUUGAAGGUUGGCAUCAUUGCCGGUAGUCAGCGUCAAAUCCAAGCUGGUAGCCAAAUCACCGACUGGGUACAAAGAAUUAUCCAGAAACACUUGGGAAACAGCAACAACGUCAAACUGGAAAGGAUCAAUAUCAAAGAUCUCGAUCUUCCGAUCUAUGAUGAGCCGUACCCACCAGCUCAGAUCACCAGCACCGACCAGUAUACGAAAGACAGCACCAAAGCAUGGUCAAGGAUCGUUGCUCCGCUUGACGCAUUCGUCAUUGUUACGCCCGAAUACAACCUCAACGUUCCGGCCGGCUUGAAGAAUGCGAUUGAUCUGCUUUACUUUGAAUGGACGAAAAAGCCGUUCUUUAUCGUCAGUUACGGGGGCAUGGGCGGAACAUUUUCUUAUGAGAACUUGAAGCGAUCGUUAAGCCUUGCUAUCAAGGCUCGCGUUGUGGAAAGCGGAGUGAACCUUGCUUUCGGUCCGGCAGAAAAUGGGAACGCCCCGAAAGCUGUGACAGGGCAAGAUUUGGGUUUAUCUGUUACUGAGGACGGAACGUUGUGGGCAGAUAAGAGGGGAGAUAUCACAAAAGGCUGGGAUGAGUUAAUAAGCUUGCUGAAUCUAAACCCCGCGGAAUAA